AUGAACCAGGACUAUUUACAGGUUGACUCAUAUUUGGAACGGUUUGAACAAGCGCUGAUUGGCACCAAAGUUAACUAUGCCCUGGCGGUUAACUACACCUUGCUCAAAAAAAUUCGCCGAUCGGGCGUAGAAGGACUGAAAACUUUUGCCCAGAAUGUUUCCGAAUUUGACGAUGGACCCUACACUGGUGAAACCUCGGCCCUUAUGUUAUCGAGUUUAGGGAUUGAAGGGGCGAUCAUCGGUCACUCCGAGCGCCGUCAAUACUUCGGAGAAACCGAUUUAAUUGUUCGUAAGAAGCUCAAGCAACUUUUAGCUCACCGUUUAAAACCGAUCGUUUGCGUCGGCGAAACUUUACUUCAGCGCCAGCAAGAUCAGACCGAAAAAGUAAUUGGCGAACAGUUAGGCACAAUUUUUGCUAAAUUCAAAAAGUUUGAUGAUAUUAUCAUCGCUUAUGAACCGCUUUGGGCGAUUGGAACGGGGCAGACAGCUACGCCCGAACAAGCUCAAAAAGUCGCCCGUUUAAUCCGGAAAUUAACGGCUAAAAACGUCACCAUUCUUUACGGGGGUUCAGUUAACGCUGCAAACGUUGCUUCUUUCUUAACUCAGCCCGAUAUUGACGGUGUUUUGGUUGGUAACGCUUCGCUUGAUCCCAAGGGCUUUGCUGAACUUAUUCGUGAGGCCGAGCGUGCCUAA